AUGGUGGCCGCAAAAAAGACUCUGGAGUCCAUCAACUCUUGGCUCCAGCUUGUUAUGAAAAGUGGAAAGUAUGUACUGGGGUAUAAGCAAACUCUGAAGAUGAUCAGACAGGGCAAAGCGAAAUUGGUUAUCCUCACCAACAGUCCAGCUUUGAGGUAAUCUGAAAUAGAGUACUAUGCCAUGUUGGCCAAAACUAGUGUCCAUCACUACAGUGGCAAUAAUAUUGAAUUGGGCACAGCAUGUGGAAAAUACUACAGAGAGUGCACACUGUCUAUCAUUGAUCCAGGUGAUUCUGAUAUCAUUAGAAGCAUGCCAGAACAGACUGGUGAAAAGUAA